UUUUUUUUGACACAAAGAUCAAAUCUUCUCCCCUCUCAAGAGCCCCAUCUUCCCCAGUUUUCAUCUGGGUCGGCCUUAAAAACUCGCGAUUUCGUCUGUGCAAAGUUAAUUUGAUGUCUUACUUACCAUAAGAUCCUGAUUUUUCUGUGAAGGGGUCAAAAUUAGCUCUUGGAUAGUUAGGUUUUGGAUCAGAAGAAAAGGAGAGAACAUUGGGGUUGAAUUUAAUGGCCGUAUCUUGAGUUAAAUUGUUGAAUUUUGAAGUGGGUUUUUCAAGGUCAUAAUGGAUGGGAAUAAAGAUGAGGCUUUAAGGUGCAUUGGCAUUGCCAACGAGGCAAUUGCGUCAGGGAAUAAGCAAAAGGCCCUAAAAUUUAUCAGGAUUGCGCAGCGAUUAAAUCACUCUUUAUCGGUGGACGACCUGUUGGCUGCUUGUGAGGAUCUUGAUUCGUCGUCUGCUAGUCCUUCAAGUACUGUGUCGAGCAGCAAUCAUGUGAGAAAUGAGGAGGGUGGGGUUAAGGUUGAUGGGGUUUCAAACGGGGAGAGGACUUAUACGGAAGAGCAUGUCCAAUUGGUUAAGAAGAUAAAGAGUAAGAAGGACUAUUAUGCAGUUCUUGGUGUGGAGAAGAAUUGUUCGGUUGAGGAGAUUAAGAAGGCAUACAAGAAACUGUCAUUGAAGGUUCAUCCUGAUAAGAAUAAGGCUCCAGGUUCAGAGGAUGCAUUUAAGAAGGUUAGCAAGGCGUUUAAGUGUUUGAGUGAGGAUGACUCGAGGAGACAGUAUGAUGAAACUGGUUUGGUUGAGGAAUUUGAGCAUAAUCAGCAGUAUAAUGUGAGACGGCGGAGAAGAACAACUGGGUAUGGCAUUUAUGAAGAUGAUUUUGAUCCAGAUGAGAUUUUUAGGGCCUUUUUUGGUCAGAAUGACAUGUUCAGGACAGCUCAUGUUUACCGAACCAGAAGCGCAGGCGGUCAGCAAAGAGGAGAUUUAGGUGGAAAUGGGCCUAAUCUCAUGCUGCUACUUCAGUUGCUGCCAUUUUUGCUAAUCAUAUUGCUCGCGUAUCUUCCAUUUUCGGAACCUGAGUAUUCUUUACAAAAGAACUACACCUAUCAGUUCAGAAAGGAAACAGAAAAACAUGGAGUAGAGUAUUUUGUUAGGUCAUCGGAGUUUGAUCAUAAAUAUCCAAUGGGCAGUCCUGGACGAGAAAACAUUGAAGUUAGUGUGAUUAGGGAUUACAAAAAUAUGCUUGGCCGCUAUUGCCAUAUAGAACUCCAGAGGCGUCAAUGGAACAGAAACUAUCCAACUCCUCACUGUGACAGGCUACAAGAGUUUGGAGUUGCCUGAAAAUUGAUUCUUGUUGGCCGUUGAAGGCUGUCGAAUUUCCAGCUGGGAAUCUAACUCAGCUUUGCUUCUUUGUUGCGCUGAUUUCAGCUUGGAGUAGAUGGCGUGAUAUUGCAUGACAAUUGUUUCACGGACCAAGAUAUAGUUGGUGGGGUAGUUGAUCCGUUGCUCCAUCACUGUUUGAUCUCAAAACUGCAGAAGAUGGUUUCCUGAGUCCAGGUCACCUAGUAGUGCUAUUCUUAUCAGUUGUAUAAGUAAUUUGUUUAGAAAUUACCUGCAUUAUUGCAUAGUGAAAAACUAUACUGCAUGGAGUGACAGUUGUAGCAAACCCGUAGUUCACUUUAUAAUAAAAUGAUAUCAUCAGCAGAGCUUCCUGCUUAUGCAA